AAAAAAAACACUGCGUGGCGCACGACAGCUUCUCAAAUAAAGAAUGCAUGGCACUAUAAUCCACUACACGCCUCACACACAGGUAUAUGCAUCUUCUUUACAAUCGGAAACCGGCAAAAUAAGCUGUGAAGACAGAGGGGAUAAAGUAGAGUCAUGCCAGGGCGUCUGUGAUCUGAAGCGAUCCGUCAGCUGCGCAGUAUGUCUGGAAUCUGGGAAUGGUGUCAGCAACAAGGAGUGGAAGCGUUUAAUGAAAUUAGAUAACAGGGGACAAAAUCAUAAAGUUUACUCGAGCUUUUUCUGACUGCAAGCGAGGACAAGAUAUCUUUGAACUGCCAUAAAUGGAAAUAGUAUGCCUUUUUUUCUUUUCUGGAGGAGUGAAUGAAAAUAUCAGUUUUUCUUGAUUGGAGAGCGACAUGAGUUGAGUGUCAUCACUUUAGAAAAGGAAACGCUUAUUGCCGGGAAAGACUGCAGUCAUGUCAAACAACGAGGAGAGUCUGGAUGAGAAUACAGUUUUCCUGCCGGUGGAUGAGUCCUCCCCGGAGUUCAUCUAUAGUGAGAGGGAGAGAGAGGCAGUGGAGAAGCUACUGAGCGCUGGACCAGAGGCUUUCUACAGCUCAGUCGUCAAAGAGCUCCCCAACUGCUUCUUAUCCUCUGAAGAGGUCAGCCAGUUGAAAAGCUGGGUUCAGAGCUACUCUUUCAACGAGCCGCGGCUACAACAUGAGAAUGGAGCAGAGAGCAUCGCGGAGAUGGAUGACUUCUGUUCCAGUUACUUUCCCUGCCACUCGGACGUGCCGGUCCCGGGCCUGGAUUUGGGCUGGCCUGAUAAAAUCCCCUGGUCAGUAACGGCAAGUGUCACAGUCCACACCAGCCCUCCUGCAGAAGGGGGACCUUCAGUCAGAGAGGUGAUCAGACGGCACUUACAAAGAGCCAGACAAGUAAUCGCCAUCGUGGUAGACAGACUGACAGAUAGUGCAAUAAUUGGAGAUUUACACAGGGCUGCCUCUCGGGGCGUCCCUGUCUACAUCAUCCUGAACCAAAGGUCCAUUCAGGAGAAGUUCUCGUCCAACAGGCUCUGCCAUCCAAACAUACGAGUCCGAGCUCUUGGUGGGAGAAGUUUUGGUUUGAGGGAUGGAAGAAAGCUGGUUGGGGAAAUGAACGAGAAAUUCCUUCUGGUGGAUUUAGACACAGUGAUUCACGGCAGCUACAGCUUCACCUGGACGGAUACCCACCUGCACCGGCAGCUGAUCACCGUCCUGAGGGGACCGGCUGUUGACGCAUUUGACCGGGAGUUCAGGAUUUUGUAUGCUAGUUCACUCCCAGUUCUUUCCACUGCAACCCAUGUGAACCAAAACCAUCAGCUUAAAGACAUUUCAGAUGUCAGACUCCUGAAAAGGAUCUCUGUUGAUCCCGAUAUCACCGACCCUCCGUCCCCACGUGCUGUUUCCCCUCUGGACUGGGAUAAGAUGGGAGUUUUUUCAGAAGAAAGCAGCUUGCCAACCAGUCCUCUGUAUCUUCAUGGAGAAGUGGUGAAGCUGGAAAUGCCACUACAGAACAGCAUGCAGUUAGAUAAAAACACACCUUUAAUGGAUGGAUUUACUAACAACCAAAACUAUAUUGUGGAUAAAAGAAGGAACAGAGAGCCUUUGACAGCAGAGCCAGCUACUUCAGAGAGAACAAAAAGGAUCACAGACAGCCUUUCUCCAGUGGCAACUGACAUGGAGAAAUCCACUUUCAAGAGCAGAGAGUCCUUAUCAACCCAGCCGGAUACUUCAGACAGAACAAAAAGGAACAGAGAGCUCGUAUCAACUCAGCCAGCUACUUCAGACAGAGUAAAAAAGUUAUCUGGAAGCAUGUCUCCUGUGGCAGCUGACAUAGAAAAAUCAACAGUUUUCAAGAGCAGAGAGUCCUUAUCAACACAGCCGGAUACUUCAGACAGAACGAAAAGGGCCAAAGACAAAAUCUCUCCGGUGGCAACUGAUGUAGUAGAAAAAUCAACUUUCAAGAACAGAGAGCUCGUAUCAACUCAGCCAGCUACUUCAGACAGAGUAAAAAAGUUAUCUGGAAGCAUGUCUCCUGUGGCAGCUGACAUAGAAAAAUCAACAGUUUUCAAGAACAGAGAGUCCUUAUCAACACAGCCAGAUACUUCAGACAGAAGAAAAAGGGUCAAAGACAAUCUGCCUCAAGAGUCAACUAAUGUCAUAGAAAAUUUACUUUUCAAGAGCAGGGAGUCCUUAUCAACGCAGCCAGCUCCUUUAGAAAGAACAAAAAGCAUGGAGAGAGACACUUCCAGGCACCACCCCACAGAGAGGAGCACGACUUUAUAUACCAGAAAUACAUCUAGAUAUGAUGACAAAGCAAAUGAGGCAACGCACAGGCGUUACUCUUUUCAGGCAAGGAGGUACUCUAUUGCAGAAGAGGAGAGUAAAACAGAUGAUAUUGCAACAAAAAUGGUGAACAAUCCAUCUUCUAGAAAGCCGCUAAUCUUGAGCGUGCACAGGGACGAGAACUUCAGUGCUCUGAGCGACAUCAUGAGGAAAAUUCCACAGACCAGUUCAGGACUGCUUAAGAGAGAAUCAAAGAGUAUACAUACCCAGUCCAUGUGGGAUCUGAGCAAGGAAGACGCAGCUACAAGUCAUGAAAAGAAAGGAGUCUCAGUGCCGAGAUAUACCAGGCCCACUUAUGACCCAUCUUACAUAACACCUGGCCUUGCCCUGAUGGAAAAGAGGAACGACAAAGUGAGGUCCACAUUAAUGCCCACAGAGAGGCCUCGCAGUUACAGUUUUCUCGGUGUGGACUCGGGAAGGAAGAAAGGAGAAAACCAUGAGUGAUAUACUGUGAACACAAAGAAACCGGCUGGCAGUGGAUAUUUUACGACAUCUGCAGUGUUAAUUACUGAAAGUAUAAGCCAAAGCAGGCAGAGACUGUAAUGAAAAGCAUUAGUAACAAGCACAUGGAUAACAGGCAUUAUGGACACGAUGUUUUACAUGUACGGUGACUUACAUGUAAAAUAGUCAUAUUGUUGCUGCUCACUAGGAAAAAUAUCAACUCUGUUAUUUGUUAAACAUCUUUUUUGAUUAAAAUGUUCAUAGAAGUGACUUCACUGAGCCCCUUCAAGUGGGUUUAGAUCUUUGAUGAUGAACUGAUAAUGACUUCAUUAGUUACACUUUCAAGACACAGAUUCAACAAGGUGCUGGAAACAAUCCUCAGAGAUUUUGGUCCAUAUUGACAUGACAUCAUCACAUGGCUGCUGAUAUUUGGUGACUGUGGAGGCUGUUUGAACACAGUGAACUCACUGUAAUGUUCAUGAAAGAAGUUUGAGAAACACAAGAAGUCUGAACGCCAAAUGUUGCAGCAGAAAUCAAGACUUAUCAAUUGUUCUUACCUGACAGGAGUGUCACCCUGUGUGGUCUUCUGCUGCUAUAGCUCAUGUUCAGAGUCACCUAAAUCUCCUUUCUUCUCCAUUUUGAUCCUCAGUAUGAACUUAAGCAUGUCAUUGUGACAACGUUUACAUGCCUAAAGCAGGUGUAGCUAAUGAAAUGUGCAAAUGAAAGUGGAAGUAAAGAAAGUUUGGUGGUAAUUUAGACAUACCGAUUGAUUGUUAAGUGACGAAAUCACAAAGCCAGAAAUAUGGGGUAAGUUUUGGGGUAAGUUUUUUCAGUUCAGUGUAGAAAAACACAGAAGGAUUUUUUAUUUAUUUUUAUUUUAUUUUUAUUUAUUUAUUUUUUGGUUCUUUUUCUUUUUCAUGGAUCACAGUACUUGAUCCAAAAAUUAGUUUUUUAAGUCAAACAACAAAAUGUUUAAGAAGUACAGGCUUUAAGGGUAGCACCGAAAAUGAAAAUAAAAUAUCUGAAAAUACACAAAAUCAAAAUUCUUGGAGACCAAAAUACUUUGAAAUAUGUAUAGCGUAACACAGAAAACAUUGUGUUUAAAGAUGUAAUAGAUUACAGUUGUCCUGUUUUAACAAGAAUACUUUCAUCUCUGUUCAUAAUCUUGUUAUUGUUUUGUUUUGUUGUUUUGUUUUUUUGUUUUUGUUGUUUUUUUUGGGGGGGGGGGGGGCUUGCUCCCUGUAAAUGUGUAUUUUGCAAUAGGUUUCCAUAGACUUAUAUAAAUUAGUUAACUUUACUUGAAAAUUAAGAAUGUAUGUGUUUUACUAUUAAAAGUUACUGUUAAUUCUAUGGUGGAAAUCACAGUUAGAAUGUGAAAUUAAAUUCUGUUUUAUCACUUUUCAUAUUUUAACAAUGCCAACUUGGCAGACUAAACAUGUUUUGUGUAAUCUGGGCCUCCUCAUCUACAAAUGAUGUUACCAAAAAAUAUCCAGUUUAACUGUCAUACUGCUUAUACUGGCCUUCGACUUCUACCUCUACUGUAAAGUGCAUUUUCAGAUCUUUCAGUUAUUCUAGCAAGGAGAGAAAAUAAACAUGGA